AUGGUCGUAUUUGCAAAAGCUAUUACGCUAACCGGAAGUAAGAACACUAUAUCAGAGCGACUGAGAAAUGCUUGCAAAACCAUACGUUUGCUGGAAGAAGGUAUUGAAGUGGAUGAAGUGCAGUAUAAUGUAGAUAUUAAAAAUAUACAAUAA